AUGGACGAAACUGCGUCAAACACAAUAAUGAUCACUUUGUUUCUAGCUUCAUAUUUAUUGAUUAAAAUAACAAGAAAGCGACCCAAAAACCUUCCCCCAACUCCACUUUCUCUUCCGAUCAUCGGCCACCUUCAUCUUCUAAAGAAACCCCUUCAUCAAGCCCUCAACAACCUCUCGCAGAAAUACGGCCCCAUAAUCAGCCUCCGUCUCGGAAGCCACCGAGCAAUUAGUAUAUCAUCAGCAUCCGCUGCGGAAGAGUGCUUCACAAAGAAUGGCGCUGUUUUCGCGAACCGCCCUCAUUCCUUGUUCGGCAAGUACGUAUCAUACAACAACACUGGUCUUGUAUUAGAGGACUACAAUGACCAUUAUCGAAACCUUCGACGUAUUGUCACCGUUGAAGUCUUAUCUUCCAAUCGUCUGAAUAAGUUUUUAAGCAUUCGAGCAGACGAAGUCAAGUUUUUACUCGGCAGGCUUUAUAGAGUUUCUUGCGAAGGCUUUGCUAGGGUUGAGUUGAGGCCACUGCUUAUGGAUCUUGCAAGUAACAUAAUUAUGAGGAUGGUUGUAGGAAAGAGAUACUACGGCGAUGAAACGAACGCGGAAGAGGGAAGACGAUUUCGGAAGAUAGUGACAGACUUUGAGGAAUGUUUUGAGAUGAUAUAUAUUGGAGAUGUGAUUCCUAGUUUGAAAUGGACUGAUUUUGGGAGAUCUGCAAAGAAAUAUAUGAAUCUUGGCCAACGUUUUGAUUCAUUUUUGCAAGGACUCGUCGAUGAGCAUCAUAUGGACAAGAACAGAGAUACGAUGAUCAAUCAUUUGCUUGCUAUGCAGGAGUCUGAUCCACAUUCUUAUUCUGAUGAAAUUAUCAAAGGCCUCAUUCAGGUUCUAUUCUUGGGAGGAGCAGAAACCUCAGGCGUGACUAUAGAAUGGGCAUUCAUAAAUCUGCUCAACAAUCCGAGGGUACUAAAGAAACUAAAAGAAGAAAUCGACACUAAAAUUGGCGAAGAUCGCUUAAUUGAAGAAUCCGAUUUGCCGAAUCUAAGUUACCUACAAAAUGUCAUAUCUGAAAACUUCAGAUUGUGUCCAGUUUCUCCAGUACUUGCACACAAGUCAUCAGAAGAUUGCACCAUCGGAGGAUUCGACGUGCCUGCAAAUACAAUGUUAUUUGCGAAUGCUUGGGCCAUGCAUAGGGAUCCUACGGUAUGGGAUGACCCAACAAGUUUUAAACCAGAAAGAUUUGAAAAUAAUGGUGAUCAAAGAUUCAAAUUACUGGCAUUCGGACAGGGAAGGAGAUCUUGUCCGGGAGAGGGCUUAGCGAUACGAACCAUAAACCUGACUUUGGGUUCACUGAUUCAAUGCUUUGAAUGGGAAAGGGUUGAUGGACAAGAGAUUGAUACGAGGGUGAAGGUCACAUCAGUUAUGAUCAAAGCUGAGCCCCUCCAAGUCAUCUGCAAGCCCCGUCCAAUUCUACAUAAGCUUUUCUAAGCUUCUAGGGCAAUUAGUUCCAAAAGUGUCUAAACAAUUGGUUUUGUAAUUUGGUGAUCGAACUGUCAUUUGU